GCUAUGUUAUCCAUUUUCCAUUUUAUUAGAGGGUACCCCCCACAUAACGCGAAGAUUAGGAACGCGGUCUUAUAGACAUUUAGAAGACGCGUAUGAUCCAUCUUUACCAGUCAGGGCAGUCAGAGUUAUCAAGGUUAUCAAUCAAAUCAGAAUGACAGCAGUAGACAGCAGCAGACAGCAGAAUGAAUUAUGAUAUAUCAUAAUAUCAUAUAGAUAUGUAUAAUGUCAAUGAGACCGGAAGCCUUGGGAGUUGGGUUCACUUGGGUUAUGUCUUAGGGCCGGUUUUUUCGUCCAAAUCCUUAGUUAGUUAAGGUUGUUUUCAAAUGAAAUUCCCGUAAUUUAAUUUUCGAUUUUUUUUUUUAAUGUUUAAAUGAAAUAAUUAUCUAUUUGGUGGAAUUUUUUCGUAAUUUUCCUCUGCGUCAAAAUCCAGAUAAUUAGUGUCAAAGUUGACAACUUUAACACGCAAGCAUAGGGAGUAUAGGUACGUUUGCGCUUGUACUUUUAAAACUCUUAAUUUAAAUUUUGAUUUUUUUCUACAGAUUUGUACACUUUACAAAUACGAAAUCAAUGAAAAAAAAAUUAUCCAUUUCCUCAGUGCCGUUUAAAAGAUAUUGGCUAAUUACUUUUUAAAUUUACGGGUUUUAGCCGGCUGAAUUACAUUGAAAUUUUGGGGUACGUUCCAAUACCGCCGUUCGGUUUUAUUCUUCUAGCUCUAUCCUUCUCUCUAUCUCUUCUGGCUCAAUCUUCCAUCUCUUCUUCUAUCCUUCUCUUACAAGAAAUGUACGGUUUUGGAACAUCCCCCAAAACGUCGCCCGGUCAUGCGAUUUAAAAACAACCGGCCCUCAUUUUUUUUCAAUGGCGUUUAAUUUGUCGGUAAGGUAGUUUUCCACUAUAGCAAUAGAGUAAUUUGAAAAAACAAAAUUCAAUUUUUUUUUUGGAGUAAAUGCGAAUGGAUUUAUUGACCAAACACGAUUAAAUUUAUCAAUUUAUCAAGUUGUAAAAUGUCAGAAUUAUUAAGCAUAACAUCAUCAAAAACAAAAGAUAUUUCAACUCGUAGAUCAUCAAAAAAAUAUGGAAGAAAUUAUCAUCAAAAUUCAAUAAUAAAAGCUAGAAAAAAUAUAGUUAUUUAUGAUGAUGGUUAUGAUGUGACACCAAAAACAUUAACUCAUGAUGAUUAUCGUAGAAUUGAUUCACGACAAAUGUUUGUAUUUGAUUUAAUUAAUUUGGCUAAAAUUAAAGAUGAUUAUUCAAGUCAAACAACAAUAUUUCAAAGAAAAUACAAUGAUUUAUUUCAAUCAGAUUUAACAUUAAAUAAAUUAAUUGAUAAUAAUCAAGCUAAAAAAAAUAAUGCACUUUUGGAUGAACCAAUUGAAAGUUUAUUUACAACUCAAGAUAAUAAUUUAACAACUAAAAAUUCUCAUGAUGAUUUAUCAAGAGCACCAUCACCAUUUUGUCUUCCCAAACUAGUUGAAGAUUUGGACAGUCAAAAAAGCACUGAUACAUUAAAAAUAAGACUACGUGAAACUGAGACAAUAAUAUACUUUGAAAUGUUACAAUUAACUGCUGAUUUAAAUACACAAGAAGGACAAGAUGUUAAAUUACAAAAUGAACGUUAUGAGUACAUAACAAGUGGUGAAGGAUCAAAUAGAAAACUAGCAAAUGCUGAAACUCAAACACCAAAAAUUUAUACUAAAACAAGAAGUACAUUUAUUGGACGUAAUGAACGUUGUAAUUUUGGUACCACUGUCAACAACUGGGUCAUGUAUGAUACAUAUGCUGAUCCAAAUAUUUGGCAAAAAAAACCAGAACCAUUUAAGGUAAUUAUUUAUCGAAAAAUAACAGCUAAAAUAAACCAACUAAUUCUGCAAUUACCAAUGAAUUUUCAGGAUCGUAAUAAAUUUUUAAUUAAAAAAAUAAUGAAUGAAAAAAAUGAUAAAAAUAUUGAUGAAUCAAGUGAAAUAUUUAACAGUGAAAAAUUUAAAAAUUCAGUACAAAUAAUGGAACGUAUUAUUGCUAGUAAUUUAUAUAUAAAAUCACAAAAACGUUUUAAAGGUUUGAUAAAACAAGAUCCAUGUGAUUUAAAUUUAAAAUUUAUUUAUAAUUUGGAUUUAUUAUGGACUCAUUAUUAUGAAAAAAUUAAAAAUUAUUCAGUUUGUAAUUUUUGUUGGAAUGAAGAUAAUAAAAAUAUACUUGCAGUUGGUUAUUAUUUGAAUGAUAAAAAAUUAAAAAAUUUAUCAAAUGGAUAUGUAUUAAUAUGGUGUAUGAAAAAUCCAAAUCAACCAGAUAGAAUAUAUGAAUUUAAACAGCCAAUAUCUGAUUUAAAUUGGUCAUUAUAUCAUCCAAAUCAAUUGGCUAUUGGUUUUUAUGAUGGUUCAAUAAAUAUCAUUGAUGUUUGUCAUCGUAAUUUAACAAUAUUACGUAAAAGUAUUAGAUUAAAUUCACCAAUAUAUUCACCACAAUGGCAAGUACAAUGGUGGCCAGAAGAUGAUAAUUUAAAUAUAAAUGAAAAAAUAUAUACGACAAAUCAAGAUGGUGGUAUAUUUUGUUAUCGUACUGGUGAAGAUUUUACAUGUAUUAAAAUUAUGAAAAUAUGUAAAAUUGAAGGUACAAUUUGUGGUGUUAAAAAAACAAAAAUAUGCCAUAGUAAUGAUAUUAAAAUUAAAAAAAAUCCAUCAGCUGUGUUGUUAAAAAAACAUCCAGUUAAAAAAAAUAUUUAUAUUGUUUGUUCUGAUGAAGGAUGUGUUUAUCAAUGUUCAACAAAUUAUUUAAAUCAUCAUAUUGAUAGUUACUUAGCUCAUGAUGGUGAAAUAUAUUCAUUUGAAUAUUCACCAUAUUUUAAUAAAUUAUACUUAACAUGUGGUGCUGAUUGGUGUACAAGAAUUUGGAUUGAAGGUUUACAUGAACCAUUGAUAACACUUAAAACUCAUAUGUCAUGUGUUAGAUCAGCAGUAUGGUCACCUAAAAAUUCAACAAUAAUUGCAACAUGUAUUAAUAAUGAAAUAUGUAUUUGGGAUAUUAAAAAAAAAAUAUACAAACCAAUGUCAGUGACAAUUGUUGAUAGUAAUAAAUUAAUAACUAAAAUACAAUUUACUCAUAAUGGUGAACAAAUUGUUGCUGCUGAUAUUAAUGGUGCUAUUUUUAUUUAUAAUAUUGAAGGUAUACCAUUUUCACCAUUCAAUCAAAAAUCAUUAUUAAUUGAAUCUGUUGAAAAACAUUUAAUAACAAAACCAAAUGUCCUGAAAAAAUUUAAAACA